CGCUUGGCAUACGGCUGCAUUAGUGAGGCGGCGGCCGGGCGUUAUCUGCUCGUUGGAACUUCCUUAAAAAUUGAAUUUAUUUGCACUGUUUUGCAAGUGCAUCAUUUAGUUCUAGUUGGAAUAGUUACUUUAUACAACCUGACACCGCGAUUGUUACUACACAAGAAUUUGCUGUUACGGAAAACUGGCGAUGAACAAAAUCCGACAGAGCUUUCGGCGGAAGAAAGAUGUGUACGUCCCCGAGUCCAGCCGGCCGCACCAGUGGCAGACAGACGAGGAGGCUGUGCGUAACGGCAAGUGCAGCUUCGCUGUCAAGUACCUGGGCCAUGUGGAGGUACAGGAAUCUCGAGGCAUGCACAUCUGUGAAGAUGCUGUCAAGAGACUGAAGAUGGACAGGAAAUUCCUCAAUGGCUUCCUUGUGAAAACAGGAAAGAAGGCAGUGAAGGCUGUGUUGUGGGUGACUGCGGACGGCCUUCGGGUAGUGGACGACAAAACAAAGGACUUGAUUCUGGACCAGACGAUAGAGAAAGUGUCAUUCUGUGCCCCGGAUCGGAACUUCGAGCGGGCCUUCUCCUACAUAUGCCGGGACGGAACCACGCGUCGUUGGAUCUGCCACUGCUUCAUGGCUGUUAGAGACUCGGGGGAACGCCUGAGCCACGCGGUGGGCUGUGCCUUUGCUGCCUGCCUCGAGCGCAAACAGAAGCGGGAGAAGGAGUGCGGUGUCACGGCGACGUUUGAUGCCAACAGAACCACUUUCACCCGGGAGGGCUCCUUCCGUGUCACCACGGCAACCGAGCAGGCUGAACGAGAGGAGGUGAUGAGACAGAUGCAGGACACCAAACGAGUGGGGGAUACUGAAGUGAAAAGUGCAGGCUCUUUAAACCUGCCCUCUGUGACCGUGAGCCCUGGCACACAGCUCCCCGCACCUUCCUCGCCCAGCUCACCAUCAUCGCCCUCACCUGCUCUGGGGGCCCAGGAUUCCAGCCUGCACGCCAUCCCACGACCCCACGCGCCCGUGGACACCUUGGCACGGCAAGGAUCUUUCCGGGGCUUCCCGGCCCUCAGCCAGAAGACCUCACCGUUCAAGCGGCAGCUAUCGCUACGCGUCAACGAGCUGCCGUCCACCGUGCAGCGCAAGUCGGACUUCCCACUGGAGAACUCCGUCCCAGAGGUAGACGGAGAGGGGGAGAGCAUUAUGUCCCUGUGCACCCAGAUCACGUCUGCGUUUAGCGUCCCCACGGAGGACCCCUUCUCCGUCCCUAGGCCGCAGCUGACCUCGCCACAGUCACCCACCACACCAGCCCGAUGUCCCGGCUUGUUUGCAGUGAAUGGCUCUGCUCCAGACUUUCUUCCACCUGCUGCCAACCUCUCAGCUGCUCCCCCGUCCCCCCUGCCCCCUCCACUACCUGCUCGGGACACCAACCCCUGGGCGACGGCGCCCCCAGCUCCCACGGACUGUGGACCUGCACUCUCAGGAGGAGAUUGGCCGAGCCCCACCCCACCCAAGGCCAGUCCAGCUGCCCCCGCAGGCCCCCCCACACACAGACGUACGCCUUCGGAGGCUGACCGAUGGCUGGAGGAGGUUUCAAAGUCCGUGCGAGCACAGCAGCCUGACCCCACAGCGCCUGUACAGGCCUUCCCUGGCUCAGUUCCCAUUCCUGUAGCCUCUGGGGCUCCUGUGGCCUUCAUUUCACCACUACUACCUCCCCGCCAACCUGUGUACCACACCCAGGCCCCCAGCGCUUAUCCCAUUGCCAAUGGCUUGCCGUAUUCUCAGCCGAACGUCCCCAUAGUUGGAAUCACACCUUCUCAGAUGGUGGCCAACGUCUUUGGCUCUGCCACUCAAACACAGGUUCCACCCCAGCCCUACCCAAGUCCACGUGUCCCUUAUCCGCAGCAUAAUGUCGCCCCUAUGUGUAAUUCCUUUAAUAAGCCUCAGCAGAUUCCCACCACACCCUCUGUUCCUCUCCUUGCAUCUAACGGUAGUGCUACCUUCAAUGGAUCUGAUAACUGGGUACCGACUUCCGUUCCCCCUCCAUCCUCUCCUGCUCCGCCGCCGCCAGCCCACCCCCACACCGAUGCCUUUGAGGCCCAGUGGGCAGCGCUGGAGAGUCGGGCCCGUCAACACACCAGUCCCUCGCCGACAAAUCCGUUCUCCAGUGAUCUGCACAAGUCCUUUGAAAUCCAGCUUUAGGUCUUAGAUAAGAGGACCGAGAACUGGGUAGCAGAAGAAGGGCCUGAUGGGGGAGAAAGGGUUCAGACCUUCACCUGCUCCACUUAAACAAAAAACUGCCCCCACUCUGUUCCAGAAGCCACAUGGGCUAAUGGAGUUCAGUAGGAUGGUGUCCUGCCGGUAAGUGAGCUACUACGACCGGUGACAGCAGAGCAAUUUUGAGAUGCUGCUCUGAAGGCACUUAGCGAUUUAUUGAUUUUAUUUUCCAUUAGAAUGCUGUCUUAGUGAGAAUCCAGCAAAGCACUUCGAUACAGAUCUGUGGAAGAGUCACAAACUACCCCCCCGAGUUCUAAGAAUGGGGUCCAUUAGGAAGGGUGUCCUCUUCUUAAUCAUCGGCUCCACCUUGUGGCGGUUUAGUGAAAUGACUCCAUCACUGAAGAGAACCGAGAUCACAGAACUGAGAGGUUUUCACAUCCUUCUGAAGAACUGAGAGAAUGCCAAAAUAUUUAUUUUUAUGCAGUUACUAUAUUUUAAAUAGCUUUUUCAAUUUAAAGAAAAUAAUCUUGCCAAAGGUGCAGGCCAGCUACUAUCAUUUGUGUAUAUGCAGACAUAUGGUUAGUGUGUGUGUGUGUGUGUUAUGUCCGGAGGAUACACUGAUCAUUAACCAUUGCUUUUAGUGUAACAGUUUGAGUUGGAGUGAAGGAAUGGUCUUAUUUUUGUUCUCUCAUUGGCAAUAUAUGAUUGUGUGUGUAUUUUAGUGUAAAUAGUCCUUGAUGCAGCAACAAUCAAGUGGACCUUGUGAGGAAUGUUCCCUGGCGUCUGGUCGGGAAACCGUUUACCAGACGACUUAAACGAGAUUCUUUACUUUUACGUGUUUACUUUCUGUACGUAAUCAGUACUUUAAACUGUCAGCAAAGUGCAUCUGCACAAAAGAUAGUUUUACGGCUGCAUUAUUUUGUUCUUGGUAUGUUUUAUUUUUUAACCGAUAACUUCAUCUCCAGAUUUGUUUUAUUUAAACGUUUCGCUGUCUUAUUAAAACAGAUUGCUUUACCUACUACGUUUGCAAAAGCACUGCAAUGCUUAAUCGAUCAAUUUGACGCUCGAGACCAUUAACCGAUAGUAUGCAAUAGUGGUUUUUGGCCGCAACAGACGUCCUCGGUUAUUUUCAGUGGCGGACGAAGGUGUAGCAUUUUUGCCUAAAAUUGUAAAUUGUUGUUUUUUGUUUUUUACAAAAGGGAAUUUUCUGUUUUAUUUUACUUUUACUCAAUUUCCAGACCAAUGAAGUGAAAUGACUAAAUAAAACUAUGAUGACAGAA